AUGGGGACGCAGGGCACCGGGCGAAAGCGGCUGCCGAACCGGGAGCGCCUGACGGCGGAGGACGAUGCGCUCAAUCAGAUCGCCCGUGAGGCUGAAGCCAGACUUGCGGCGAAGCGAGCGGCGCGGGCGGAGGCACGGGAGAUACGAAUGAAGGAACUGGAAAGGCAGCAGAAGGAGAUCUAUCAAGUUCAAAAGAAAUAUUAUGGUCUGGAUACUAAAUGGGGAGACAUCGAGCAAUGGAUGGAAGACAGUGAGCGUUAUUCCCGUAGAGCCCGAAGAAAUGCCUCGGCUUCGGAUGAAGAUGAGCGCAUGUCAGUGGGUAGCCGUGGAAGCCUGAGGAGUGAGCAGGACCUAGAGACUGGGAGACCUGGGGCUUGGACCAAUGGUUAUGAGGAAGACAUGUAUGGAUCAUCCCAGAGUAGAAAAUCUAGCAGGCCCUCCUUGCUGUACAGUGAUGCCCUGCCAGCCAGAAGUUACAGGGCGUCUGUGUAUGACGAGAGCGUUUACAGUGGGAGUCGUCGGUAUAGUGCCUCUAGUUCUCGUGCUCCUUCUGAGUACAGCUGUUACCUUGGUUCAGGAUCUCGGGCAUCCUCAAGAGCCAGCUCUGCUCGGGCCAGUCCAGUGAUUGAGGAAAGGCCAGAGAAAGACUUUGAGAAGGGAAUACGCACUGUCUCAAGUUUGUCAGCAGCUACCUUAGCUUCUCUGGGGGGCACUUCUUCACGAAGAGGCAGUGGGGAUACCUCCAUCUCAGCUGACACAGAGGCAUCUAUUAGAGAAAUUAAGGAUAUCUAUGAGUUAAAGGACCAGAUUCAGGAUGUAGAAGGCAGAUACAUGCAGGGACUGAAAGAAAUGAAGGACUCUCUAGCUGAAGUCGAAGAGAAAUAUAAAAAGGCUAUGGUGUCAAAUGCUCAACUAGACAAUGAAAAAACAAAUUUCAUGUACCAAGUAGAUACCCUGAAGGAUGCACUCUUAGAGUUAGAAGAGCAGCUGGCGGAAACCAGGCGGCAAUAUGAAGAAAAAAGUAAAGAAUUUGAGAGGGAGAAGCAUGCUCAUAGCAUAUUGCAGUUCCAGUUUAUGGAAAUCAAAGAGGCUUUGAAGCAGAGAGAUGAAAUGCUUGCAGAAAUCCAACAGCUGCAACAGAAACAGCAGAACUAUGUCAGGGAAAUUUCUGAUCUUCAGGAGACAAUAGAGUGGAAAGACAAAAAAAUAGGGGCAUUAGAGAGGCAGAAAGAUUUCUUUGAUUCCAUAAGGAGUGAGCGGGAUGACCUUAGAGAUGAAGUAAUUGUGCUGAAGGAGCAACUGAAGAAACAUGGACUCAUCCCAGACUCUGACAUAGCCACUAAUGGGGAGACAUCAGACAUUCUUGAUCAUGAAGGACACUUGGAUUCUUCCAAAACUGUUCCAGGCACAAGUCAGGCAUUAAAGGCAGGAGGGGAUGGGAUGCUAGACAGGCUGAAAAGACUCCUAGAUGAACGAGAAUCCUUACUAGACCAGAUUAAAAAAUUAAAAGGACAACUGGAAGAAAAGCAAAAGAAUGGCAAGAUGGAAAAUACACAGUCAGAAGAUGAAGUUCUGGAAAAUGGGACAGAUAUGCACAUGAUUGACCUCCAAAGAGAUGCCAACAGACAGAUCAGUGAUCUCAAAUUUAAACUAGCAAAGUCUGAGCAAGAGAUAACAGCACUGGAGCAGAAUGUAAUACGAUUGGAGGGUCAAGUAGCCCGAUACAAAACUGCUGCUGAAAAUGCUGAAAGAGUAGAAGAUGAACUGAAAGCAGAGAAACGCAAACUACAGAGAGAGCUUCGUUCAGCAUUGGAUAAAACUGAAGAGCUUGAAGUCAGCAAUGGUCAUUUAGUGAAACGCCUGGAAAAGAUGAAAGCCAACCGGAGUGCUUUACUAUCUCAGCAAUAA